AUUCUGAUUAUAACUAUUGGCAGUACUUUAUAUGAAAAAUAUGCCAUGUGGUUAAAAUAAAAUAGGUUAAAAUUCACUUAAAAAUAUUUUUAAAAAUGUCAUUUUUUAUUAGAAAUAAACAAAAUAGCGGAGGAAUUAAAAGGAAGUUUAAUCAACAUAUUAAAAAAAAAGGAAAAAAGAAAAAUAUAAAUAAAUCUGUACCUGAUGAUAAUGAAAGUAUUGCGAGUACAGAUGAAGAAAUUGCAGAAGAAAAUCAAAAUAGAAAUGAAGAAUAUGAAAGUGAAGAAGAAGAGGAAACAGCUCAGGAAAAACGUAUAAGACUUGCAAAGCAAUAUCUUGCACAAAUUGAAGAAGAAGAAAAAGAUAGAGCAGAAUUUGAAGAAGGAGCAAUAACAAAAAGAUUACAUGAAGAAUAUUUAGAAGAAAAGGGAAGAUUAAGGAAAACUGUAGCUUCAAAUUAUAUUAAUCAUGGUGAACCUAUUGUUUUAAAAUGUAAAGAACAUAAAAGUUCAAUUACAUGUUUAUGUCUCUCUAGUAAUGGAAGAUUCUUAUAUUCUGGUUCAAAAGAUGGUAGUUUAGUCAAAUGGUCUUUGAAAGAGAGAACAAAAUUAAAAGCUAUAAAAGGAAAAAGAAAAUCACAGGAUGGAAUAAAAUGUGUUCAAUGUUUAGCAAUUAGUACUGAUAGUAAAUUUUUGGUAGUAGGAGAUAAUGGUUCUAAAAAUAUUAUGGUAUUUUGUGGAAAUACAUUGAAUCACAUAAAAAAUUUACAAGGUCAUAGAGGUAAUAUUACUUGUUUAGUUUUUCGUAAAGAGACGCAUACGUUGUAUUCUGGUUCCGAGGAUAGAAGCGUAAAAGUAUGGAAUUUAGAUGAUAUGGCAUAUGUUGAAUCUUUAUUUGGACAUCAAAAUGGUAUUACAUCGAUCGAUGCACUUACACGAGAACGAGCUAUUACCAGUGGUGGUUUCGAUGGCACAAUUCGAAUUUGGAAAAUUGUUGAAGAGUCGCAACUUAUAUUCAAUGGGCAUGGCAGUAGUAUAGAUACUGUAAAACUUAUAAAUGAAGAACAUUUUUUAAGUUGUGGAGCCGAUGGACAAUUAUGUGUUUGGGGUUGUUUAAAGAAAAAGCCUUUGUGUUCAGUGUUAGAUGCACAUGGAAGAGAUAAAAGUAAUAAUCAACCAAUGUGGAUUUCAAGUAUAGCUACUCUUCUUAAUACAGAUUUAGUUGCAUCAGGAUCACAAAAUGGUGUUAUUAGAUUAUGGCAAUGCAGUGAUUCCUUUAGAUCACUGAAUCCAUUGUUUGAGAUUGAAUUAACAGGGUUUGUAAAUGCAUUGUGUUUCACUCCAGACGGAACUCAACUUAUUGCUGGAAUUGGUCAAGAACAUAGGCUUGGAAGAUGGUGGCGUAUACCAGAAGCAAAAAAUGUCAUUGUUAUAAUACCAUUAAUUCAAACAAAAAAUAAAUAGUUUAUAAUAUGUAAAAAAAGAUUUUUUGGAGUUGUAAAUUGAAUUUAAAUUUUUAAGCAAAUAUAAAUCAUAUAAUUUUUUUAUAUAUUUAGUCUGAACAAAUUUUAUUGUACAUAUAUUAAAAAAUGCAUUAUUUACUAUUUCAUAAUUUUUUAUAUCUAUUCCUAAUAUGCUAUCUUUGAAUAUCUCGUUCACUGUGAAAUCGAAUCAUAGAUAUGCGAAUGAAAUAAAAGAAAUAUUGGUCCACAGUACAAGUAUUUAUUUAUUCUGUACAAAAGUUGAGUUAUAAAAUAUUAUGUCCCCAUUUUAGGUCUUGUUUUUAGUCUUGUAUACCAUGCCUUCUUGAGUUCGUUCGUAUAAUAACAAUGAUCGCCAUUGAGGACAUUAGCGUUUAUGAGAAUAAAGCGAUUCGUUCAUUGAUUGAUUACUAACAAUGAACCAGAAAGAAACGAGUAUCGAUUUCGAAAGAUCUCUUUCUCAUUUCUCAUUAUUUCACAUAAAUACACCUAUUCUCGCACGAACCUCGGGCUCACCGUGUACAUAUACAAAUCAAAUCGACUUUUUUUUUUUUAAUUUGCAUAUUUAUCCGUAGCAACGAGUGUACAGCAAGUGUACGCUACUUCUUGUAUGCAUUCUUGCAAGAAAGUUUUUUAAAUGAUUGUAACAACCUAGGUCUUUCAAUAUGGCUUUCUCUUGACGUACUUUUCGUUUCGUUUUUUCCCUGUCUUUCACUCUUUUUUAGGACCUCAUAAUCGCAAGUAUGCUUUUACGGGGAUGAAUGAAGCAGCGUUGCUUUCCGCCCGAUUAGUUUCUUCUCCAUUGGCUCUAUUUUCG